UUGCUAUCGAACUUCAGCUUCGACGUGACACAAUUUUUAUCGAUACCAACACAGAAAUGUUUCCUAUCGCCAUCAUUCUCUGCAUCAGUUUAGGAGGAUUUUCCAUAGUAAAAGGAAAUGAACAACAACUUCCUGAUAAUGGACGACUGGCUGUUGGUGGAUGUUUGAAUGCAAAUUUCCCCAAAUACGAUGAAAAUCAAAUACACAUAGAAGGAGUAGAGGAUUACCUAUUUGUUCUUUGUGAUGCAACGCCGAAUGAUCCUUUUUAUUUUGAAAAACAACUGGAUGGAAUUAAGAAGAAACCUGACCAAGCAUACGAUGAUCUAAAAUCAUGUCUGAAUAACCAUUACGAGUCCAAUGACCCAAAUGCUGCAUUUAAAACAAGCGAGAUCGAUAGGCCAAUUGAGGAGAUAAAGAGAACAGAGACGAAUAAGUCAAAUAAACAAACCGACGAACUAAUCAACAGAUACAAGCAAUUCGCAAUCACUACUAUGAAAGAAAAAGCUAAUGAAUUCCACGAAAUAACGCAAAUAGUGCUUGGUCUUUGCGGAGAACACGAAUGGGUGAGAUAUAAAGAUUUAGAUCAGGUGAAUCAACCAAAAGCCUACAAUUGCUUACGAGAUUGCGCAGUAAGAUUAUUCAACAUAUUCGAACGACUCAUUCAAGAAAUCCAAACCAAACAUAAAAAUUUUCAAGAGCAGCAAACCAAAAACGGCGGGUCUCAGGGAAAUGAAAAACAAAUACUUGAUCAAGAAAACAUUAGCCAAAAUUCUGACCACGUUGACGGUAAAGUUCAAAACGAAGAUGCUGAAAAUCAGAAGGAAAAAGAUAGCGAACUUGAAAAUAAAAAGGAAGCUGGAACAAGUGAAAAUCCAACUGAAUCACGUGACGAGCAAAGUGAAAAAGGAGAACAAAAUACAAUGAAACAAUGGUUUGCCCAACUUGAGAAUUUGCUUUUUGAUACCUCUCGCUACGAGUAUGCAAAAGGAAUUGAUAAUUACGUAAAUAGUAUGUACCUAUCUACAUUCAAAUUUAGUUAUGUAAAUCAAAUAGAAUUUCCUCAAUUAAAUGUACAAAAUUACUAA